CCUGUGCCGCCGCGCGCGUUCCCGUCCCUCGCCGCGCGCUUUCGCCACGGGGAGCCGGGAGAGCGGUGUGCGGUCGCGGCUCUUCUCCGCGAGAGGCUGCGGUGCCGCGCGGGUGGGUGGGAACGUGGCGGAACUCCGGGCGCCGCGGCUGGGGCGACAGAGUGCCAUGGCGGCAGCCGUGGCUACGGCAGCUGGUACCCGCGCCGCAGCGAGGUGAGGGGCCGCCUCUUCUCCACAGCCGAGGAGGCCACGGCUGUCUGCCUGCCUUCCGCGCGGGCCACGGCUCCGGCAUGGCCGGGAUCAUCAAGAAGCAGAUCUUGAAGCACCUGUCCCGGUUCACUAAGAAUCUUUCCCCGGACAAGAUCAACCUGAGCACCCUGAAAGGGGAGGGUCAGCUGACCAACCUGGAGCUGGAUGAGGAGGUUCUGCAGAAUGUGCUGGAACUGCCCACCUGGCUAGCUAUUACCAGGGUCUACUGCAACAGGGCCUCCAUCCGGAUCCAGUGGACAAAGUUGAAGACACAUCCGAUUUGCUUGUGUCUAGAUAAAGUGGAGGUGGAGAUGAAAACCUGUGAGGAUCCUCGCCCCCCCAAUGGACAGUCUCCCAUUGCGCUUGCUUCUGGACAGAGCGAGUAUGGCUUUGCCGAGAAGGUGGUGGAGGGGAUGUUCAUCAUCGUCAAUUCCAUCACCAUCAGGAUCCACUCCAAGGCCUUCCAUGCUUCUUUUGAAUUGUGGCAGCUCCAGGGCUACAGUGUCAACCCCAACUGGCAGCAGAGUGACCUGCGCCUGACCCGCAUCACUGAUCCCCGCCGAGGAGAGGUUUUAACAUUUAAGGAAAUAACUUGGCAGACACUUCGAAUUGAGGCAGAUGCCACAGAUAAUGGUGACCAGGACCCAGUCACCACUCCACUGAGGCUCAUUACCAACCAAGGCCGGAUCCACAUAACCCUCAAGAGAAGAACCAAGGAUUGCAAUGUGGUUGCCUCCAAGUUGACGUUCCUGCUGGAUGACCUGCUCUGGGUGCUGACCGACUCACAGCUCAAGGCGAUGAUGAAGUAUGCUGAGUCACUGAGUGAGGCCAUGGAGAAGUCAGCCCAGCAGAGAAAGAGCCUGGCUCCUGAGCCUGUGCAGAUCACUCCACCUGCCCCCAGUGCCCAGCAGACCUGGGCCCAGGCAUUCAGUGGCAGCCAGGGCAACAGCAGCAGCAGCAGUAGCAGUCGCCUCAGCCAGUACUUUGAGAAGUUUGAUGUGAAGGAGUCUUCCUACCACCUGCUCAUCUCCCGCCUGGACCUGCACAUCUGUGAUGACAGCCAGUCCCGGGAGCCAGGUGUCUCUGCAAACAGACUCACAGGUGGUGCCAUGCAGCUUACCUUCCACAAGAUGGAGUUUGACUACUACCCCUUCCACUGGGCAGGUGACAGCUGUAAACAUUGGGUGCGGCACUGUGAGGCAAUGGAGACCCGAGGCCAUUGGGCCCAGAAGCUGGUGAUGGAGUUUCAGAGUAAGAUGGAGAAGUGGCAUGAGGAGACCAGUCUGAAACAACCGUGGCGUCUGGGUGGAGACUCUGCAUUCCGGAAGAAGGCAGAUUCUUUUUCUAGUCCUGGGAAGAGUCCUCUUGACAAAAGCCCUGCUCAGGGCUGGCAGGCUGCCUUUGGGCCUCCAGAAUGGAAUCGCUUACGUUCUAGUUGCCUGGUUGUACGAGUGGAUGACCUGGACAUCCACCAGGUUUCCACAGCUGGACAGCCAAGUAAGAAGCCAUCCACUCUGCUCUCCUGCAGCCGCAAGCACUACAACCUCCCAACUCAGGUGGCUGCCAUUCAUGUACAGUUCACAGAGUAUUACUUUCCCGAUAACCAGGAGCUUCCAGUUCCCUGUCCCAAUCUCUACAUCCAGUUAAAUGGUCUGACGUUUACCAUGGAUCCUGUCAGCUUGCUUUGGGGAAACCUCUUUUGCCUAGAUUUAUACCGCAGCUUGGAGCAGUUCAAAGCUAUCUAUAAGCUAGAAGAUUCAAGGCAAAAGGAUGAGCACUUGGACAUUCGGCUGGAUGCAUUCUGGUUGAAGGUGAGCUUCCCACUGGAGAAGAGAGAGCAGGCAAAGCUGCAUCGACCCCAGGCACUUGUCUUAUCUACCUCUGGAAUGACUGCCACCAAUACUCGGCAUGCCCCACACUGUAGUUGUCCAGACCUGCAGAGUCUCUUCCGGGGCUUUGCUGCUGCUGAGUUCUUUCGUUCUAGUUAUGGUCACUUUCCUAAGGUUCCAGGGGGCUUCAGCCUUCUGCACAUGCUCUUUCUGCAUCACGCUUUCCAGAUGGAUUCUCUCCCAGCCCAGCCUAGCUUCCUCCCUCCUCAGAGGCCUACAGCCUCCCAGGAUCUUUGGUCUCUGCACUUCACCCAGAUCUCCUUGGACUUUGAAGGCACAGAGAACUUCAAAGGCCAUACCUUGAAUUUCGUGGCCCCCUUCCCCUUGUCCAUUUGGGCCUGCCUUCCUCUCCGCUGGCAGCAAGCCCAGGCACGGCGGCUCCUCUUGGCCUCAGAGGGGAGGCUAAAACCGUCAGCCAGCUUUGGCAGUCCUGUGCGUUCUGAAGCUCUUGCCCCUGAGUCUGUGUCCCAUCAGAGGUCGAAGACUGAACGGGACUUGAAAAGCCUCUCAGGCUUUACUGAAGCCUCAGAGGGUAUGAGAGAAGGUGAUGCUGGUGUGGACCACAGAGGGCAUGUGGCAGAGCUGGAGGGUGUGGCAGAUGUUCACAUGCUCGUACACUCCCCUGCCCACCUCCAAGUGAGGCUCGACCACUACCAGUACUUGGCUCUGCUUCGUCUCAAGGAAGUGCUUCAGGGGCUUCAGGAGCAGCUGACCAAGGAUACAGAGGCUAUGACUGGGUCUCCCCUGCAGGACCAGACAGCUUGCGUUGGUGUACUCUUCCCUAGUGCUGAGGUGGCUCUCCUCAUGCAUCCUGCCCCUGGGACUGCUGAUGCUGACUGUGCAGGCUCAGAUACUACCAGCCUCAUAGACUCAGAGCUGUCUCCGUCAGAGGACCGGGAGCUGAAGUCUGAUGCCUCCUCAGACCAGGGCCCAGUGAGCCCCGAGAAAAUCCAGAAGGACAGCAGCGUUGAAGAUCUGGGCGCAUCCCGGGAAAUGGUGCAUGACGAUGGAGUGCUGCAGGACUUUGGUCCACUUGCACGACAGCCAGCAGGGAAAAGCCGUGAGGCAGUUGAGUCUCUCCAUGCCAAGAAGUUGAGCAGAACUGAAACUGCUGCCUCACCAGCUGCGUUGAAGUCCCCAGCUGACAAGGAUGCUGCUAUAAAUGGACAAGGGGAACCCAUACCCUUGAAGAACAUUGAGGGGGAAUUGUCCAGUGCUAUUCACAUGACCAAGGAUGCCACAAAAGAGGCUCUCCAUGCUACCAUGGAUCUCACCAAGGAAGCUGUGUCCCUGACUAGAGAUGCCUUCAGUUUGGGCAGAGAUCGAAUGACCUCCACCAUGCACAAAAUGUGGUCCCUACCUCCUGCCAAGGAAGUCGUGACCAGGACAGACGAGGGGGCAACAGCCCCAGUGAGUGGGGGCACUGCCCGGCUCCGGUUUUUCUCCAUGAAGAGGACAGUCUCUCAGCAGUCAUUUGAUGGUGUCUCAGUGGACAGCGGUGGCCCUGAAGACCGGAUUUCUGUAGAUAGUGAUGGCAGUGAUGGCUUUGUGAUGCUCUUGGAGUCGGAGUCUGGUCCAGAGUCUGUCCCAUCAGCAUCUGUGACAAGUGUCUUAGAUGACAGUGGUGUUCAAGGAAGCCCUGUUCUGGAUAAUUGUGGCCAGGGAUUGCCAGAGACUAACAGCUCAGUGUCAGCCAGUGGUGACCUCGUCCUUCACUCGGUGUCAGUUUUGGUUCUGAAGGUGAAUGAAGUGUCAAUGGGGAUCGAGAUUCGUGGUCAGGACCUGACGGUAGCCUUGCAAGCAGAAGAACUGGCCCUGCAGCAGUUGGGCACUGUGGGCCUCUGGCAGUUUCUGCAUGGACAGUGCCCAGGCACAAGCUCCCAGGAAUCCUCAAAUCCGAAGACUGGCCACAUCAGGCCUGCUGUGGGUCUGCGCUUUGAGGUGGGGCCUGGUGCAUCUGUUCAUUCUCCACUGGCCACACAAAAUGGCUUCCUGCGGUUCUUACUUCAGGGCUGUGACCUGGAGCUCUUCACUUCAGUGCUCAAUGGUCUGGGGCCUUUCUUGGAGGACGAGGAAGUCCCAGUGGUGGUCCCGAUGCAGAUUGAACUCCUGCACUCCAGUAUCACCCUCAAGGAUGAUAUCCCUCCCAUCUAUCCAACAUCCCCUGGCCCUGUCCCCAUCACUUUGGCAGUGGAGCAUCUUGUGCUGAAGCGAAAUGACGAUGGUGUGUUUCACCUUGGCGCUCCUGCUCAGGACAGGCCAUUGUCCGAAGUGACUGAGAAACAGCCGCUCCCAAAAGAACAGGUGCUCCUGGUGCCCACAGGAGAGAGCUUGGGACUGCAGGGGGAAGAAUUGCCUACCCUACAGCAAGAACUUGUGGACACCAAACAAGCACUGGCCAUUGCCAACCAGGACAAAGAAAAACUUCUCCAGGAGAUUAAGAAAUACAACCCUCUCUUUGAGCUCUGACAGCAGCUCAACCAUCUGUGCCAAGGAGAAGAGAUAUCACCAGCAACAGCAUCACCUAGGACAGAGGUGCUGAGGAGCCAGCGGGGCUGGGAGCAUCCAGGUCACUCCCUUGUGUGCUUCCUGCUGGUUGUCAGCCUGAGUGUAGGACAAGGGUGAGCAUGGCUGCAUCCGGGAACUGGGAUGGCUAUGUACCAGGCCCUGCACCCUGUCUUGCCAUUAUGUAGCCUUGUAGCCCUCUGCAUACUAGAGGAAUCUUCUCUACACUGUAGAGCAUUGCACCUUAUGGUUUCCUGCAGUGGUGUUUGCUUCCUUUAUGGCCCCUGUGAACAAGUGUCCACCUGAGUCACGUGCACAGCCACCAAAGAUCCCAUGUCCCAGCGCUUCCUAUGGCAUAUCUGAAAAGUCUUUGGACUGAGUUUUGAAGUAGAUCAGGAAAUAGCCCAACCUCAUGGGUGGGGUCAGAGGAGGCCUGAGGUCAGGGAACCGUGGACUGCCUAUUUUGGAAUAGGAGCUAAGCUGAUACCACCUUGGCUGAUAGCCUUGGGUCCAGCUUCUUUUCUGUUGAAUUUCAUUGUGAUGCUUUGACUGUCACUUGGCCAGAUUCUUAUUCCUGGCAUAACAAUUAGUUUGAGAUUUAAAUGAAGAAAAAGUGCUCAGCUGAGGUCAUGGUGAGACAGAAGAACAGCUCUGUCACACACCAGGAGUC